AUGGGUAAACUACCUCAGUCCAGAGCGACCUAUUCGCGACCCUUUACACACACAGGACUCGACUUCGCGGGACCGUUUGAUGUCAAAAGCUAUUCAGGUCGUGCCUGUCGAAUCACGAAGGACUAUGUCUGCGUCUUCGUGUGCUUCAGUACGAAGGCCAUCCAUUUGGAAGCCACUUCGGACUUGACCACGGAGAAAUUCCUCGGAGCCUUCUCAAGGUUCGCGGCCAGAAGAGGGUGCCCUCUCCAUCUUUACUCGGACAAAAGUCUUUCUGUGGGCGCGGAGAAGGCCCUCACAGAAGAUUUUAUCGCUGCGGUUAAGGAAAAGGUUACCUCGUCAUUUAGUCACCAGAGCCUAUCCUGGCAUUUCAACCCUCCAGGCGCCCCCCAUAUGGGAGGCCUGUGGGAAGCAGGAGUCAAGAGUUUCAAGACUCACUUCUACAAGACGACAGGUAACUUUAAGUAUACCCUUGAAGAGUUAUCCACUCUACUGUGUCGGAUAGAGGCAUGCCUCAACUCCAGACCAAUUUCUCAGAGUAGGUUGAACAAGGGCUGGGCUCUCAAGGCGUACGCCUCGCUAGCCGCAACCCCCUGUCCCUUGCUCUGUCCCACCAGACGCUUGUUCAGUUCCUUCCCUUGCUGA